CUGCAACUAAGCAACUAACUUGACCAGUACCAUUGAUUACAGCUCUACACAUACCUCACUCACACCAUGUCCUCCAACUCUGCCCUCACCUUCCCAACCCAUAUCAAGACCGUGCUGAUAACCGGCGCCUCCGGCUUCGUGGGCCGCAAGCUCGUCCAGCUCCUCCUCGCUGACCACCCCCACUUGAGACUGAUCACCACCGAUAUCCACCGUCCGCCUACUUAUGGGAUCGAGGAUGAAGAGAAGUUGGUAGCUGUAGCUGUGGACUUGGCGGAUAAGGAGCAGGUGGGGAGUUUGUUCGGGUAUGGGCCUGUCCAGGGGGUUUUCGCUUUACACGGGAUCAUGUCCGGCCAAUCCGAAAAAGACUUUACCCUAGGGUACGCGAUCAACCUCUAUUCGCACCUCAACUUGAUCGCCGCGACCACCGAGCACGCCCAAAAACAAUCUCGAGGCGGAGAAAGUGUCAAGCCCGUUUAUGUGAACGUGAGCAGUCUGGCUGUCUAUGGAGGGGAGAAGGCUACGCCGAGUAGUACGGUCGUCCCUGAGGACACGCCCUUGAUCCCCGAGACGAGCUAUGGGGUGUGUAAGAACGUCAUUGAGAUGAUUGUCUAUGAUCACGCUCGGAAAGGCUUCCUAGCGGCCCGUACCGUCCGCCUCCCAACAGUCUGCGUCCGGACCGGCGCCCCCUCCUCCGCAGCAUCCUCAUUCAUCUCCUCCCUCAUCCGCGAACCGCUCCAAGGUCAACCCGCCGUCUGCCCCAUCGCCUCUUCCCCUGAAGACCCGAUCUUGGAGGAAAUGGGGAUCUAUGUGACGAGGACAAAGACGGUCGUCAGGAACAUUGCCUAUGCGAUGGGGCUGAGCGACGAGGAGGUCGUUGGGAGGGUGGGGAAGUUGAGGACGAUGAAUUUGCCGGGGAUCAAGAUUAAUACCAGGGUCAUCUUGGAUGCGCUCCAAAAAUUCGGCGGGGACAAGGCCACCUCCUUGGUAUCCUACUCCAAAGACCCCGCCGUCAUCGCCAUCUGCGAGACCUGGGCGGGGGACUACGACUCGUCCGCGGUCGAAGCGUUGGGUUUCCAGGUGGAUAGUAGGGAGACUGGUUAUGAGGAUGCGGUGAGGGAUUUCGUCGAGGAGUUGAAGAAGGACUGAGACUGGAGGGAAACGGGUGGAAAGCGUUCACAGCCGAGCAUGGACGAUAAGAUGAGAUGAGGU